ACAUUCACUCCAUUCCGGCUCUUAUCCCCGUUUCCCUUCGAGCGCACGCGGAACGAAGCCUCAAAUCGGCGGCGUGGCCAUGGAUCCGACGAGCCUCCGAGCUCUGAAUCUCCGACCAUCCACGGCGUACUUCCGUUCCCGAGCUCCAGGACCUAUUUUUCGACGAUUCAGUCCCUCUUCUCUCCGUUUCUCCUCUUCGCUGGCUUUUUUUCGACCCUUUUCGCGCUUUCAUUCCGAUUUCGGUUUAGCAGUGGAUAGUAGCGAGAUGGGAGAUUGUAAUUCCAGUGGUGGACGCGUUCCCGAUGCUUUGCAUCAGAAAUUUCUUCAAGUUGUAUUAGUUUCCCCUCAGAUUCCUGGAAAUACUGGCACCAUUGCAAGAACUUGUGCAGCAUCAGCUGUUGGUCUUCAUCUUAUUGAACCAUUAGGAUACUCAGUGGAUGAUACCAAAUUGAAACGAGCUGGACUGGAUUACUGGCCAUAUGUGGUUGUUAAGAUCCAUGGCUCAUGGGCGGAAUUCAUGGACUAUUUUAGGCAACAGGAUGGAGAAAAAAGAUUACUAGCAUUUACCAAGAGAGGCACACAAAUUCAUUCAGAUUUCUCAUACAAGCAAGGAGAUUGGCUGGUAUUUGGUUCUGAAACUAGUGGGCUACCAGGAGAAGCUCUGAUUGAUUGCAGUAAUGGACAAUUCAGCGGUGGAACCAUUCGUAUUCCAAUGGUGGAAACAUACGUGCGCUGUCUCAAUCUCUCUGUCAGUGUUGGUAUAGCCCUAUACGAAGCAGCAAGACAACUAAACUAUGAACAAAUGCAACUCCACACCAAGAUCAGUGCUGACAGUGGACGACUCUUCAGUAGUGAAGACAUUUUCAGCUAGCUUAUUUACAAGGCAUUCAUUAUCUUCCCAUACUCAGUCAAGCCAGAGAUGUUACAGUCCCUCUUCAAUGCAGGAUGCAUUUCGAGGCAAGAUGAUUCAUGUUACUAAAGCAGUCUGUUUUAAGAGGAAUCAAGAUGCUAUUUAUUCUAUCCAGCAUAUUCCUUCCUUAUUUGAUUUGAUGUCUUGACUUCUCUGACCAUCAACCUUCCACCUGGGCAGCAAGCUUGUGACUAAUUCCUUCUGCUGUAAUUUUCUGGUGAAUCAAUUUGAUAUCUGUCAGGCAGGACCCUGCAAGAGUAUAUAUACUUGCAACAAUCUUGAAUUUACAAGGGUGUUAAAGAAGCAAGAGAUCAUCAAAGCAAGCAAAAACUUUUCCACAUGGUAGAAUGUGAAAUCAAUGACACUAGAAGGGAGGUGAGAUGAAAGAGACAACUUAGGAAAUGCUCAAGACUAAUAGGGAACAAGGCUAGCUGUUUUGAUGGAAUUUUAGUUAAAUUGUUUUCCAUGGACCAUGCUUGACCCCAUCUCAAGGUCCUCCCCCUCUAUCUCAGACAAUAGUGGCUGACCUAGACUUUGAGCUUAGAAGAGAGAGGGUAUGGACAUAAGCAUUGUUUGCAUGGAGUUCUGAUUCUUUGUUAACUGGUUUUGAUGGACAAAGUCUUUGAAUCAAAUGUCUAUAUUAAAAUUUUUAAUAUGAUAUAAUAUGAAAUAACCUUUGUUAAUAUGUGUAUAUUUUUAAAAUAAUUUAUGAGAUAUUUAUGGAGAAGAGAAGAGGGCUGAGGGCCCCCAACAAGGUAGCAUUGGUGUUGAUGAUAGUUUGGCUAAUGGAUGAGAAGAAGACUUGGUAUUCAAAAGACUUAAAGACAGAAGAUGGUAGGGGACAAGGCUUGCCCACAAUGUUGGAGUGGCUUC